AUGUAUCUGAUAAUAGCAGGUCAACCCCCUUUCCCAGACGUCCUACUUUUAAGGGAUUGUUUGUAUCUCCUCCAAGGUAUAGACGGACGUUAUGUUCGCUUCGCCCUCAGGCCUCCCCACGAGCAGAAUCCGUAUUUGACCGACAAGGGCAAGGAGGGGCAUAUUUCACAAUCCAUACGCACAUUGCUUGCAGAUCUAUCUGAGAUGGGAAUGCUGUACAGAAGAGUGACACAUUUCCUGGAGACCCAUCAAGCGGGCCAGAGUAAGGGGGGGAUGACGGAGCAAAGCCUAUGUCAUUUCCUUCAUCACGAGCUGUCCGAGUAUCACCGUCUGCUCGCAGUCCUCGAGUCACAAAUGUCGCUCGGAGAACCUGAAGCCAACAGUCCUACUGCGGAAACUGAGGGGUCCAGGUUGACACUCUUACGCCUUGGGCUAUGGACUGAGGAAAUGAGGCUCAAGCUCAAGCUCAUGACCAAUGCCGUGGACGAUGCGACAUCAUUACACGGCGGAGCUCUAGUGUCUCACAUCCACGCUAGCACCUCUCAUGGUGAUCCCCUGGUAAGGACGUUCAUGGACCGUAUUUUGGAAGAAGUUUCGAAACCAUUCUUCCUUACUCUACAACGGUGGAUCUUCUCCGGCGAGCUCCAUGACCCCUUUCAAGAAUUCUUUGUACAGCUCAACCCUGAUGCGUCGGUACGUGUCGGUCGAGAAAGUCCAUAUAAUCCUGGAGAUACCGGAUUUGAGGGUGGCAUGGAUGCUGCUGGGGGUCCUGAUGAGGCACAUAAGGUGUGGGAGAAGAAGUAUGUGUUUGUGAAGAAGAUGGUUCCGGGCUUUGUGAGCGAAGAGUUUGCUAAGAAGAUCUUCUCUACAGGGAGAAGUCUGAAUUUUAUUCGGUACAACUGUCACGAUAAUGAUUGGAUUGAAACACAGGCCAAGAUAGCCAAUGCAGGCCAGGCCCUGAAAUAUGGUGAUCUGGCUGGGCUGGAAAGAUCGAUAGAUGACGCGUAUUCCAUCGCCAGUCAAAGAUUAUUGGAAAUCUUCUACGACAAGCUCAACCUGAUGGAUCACCUGAAAGCGCUGAAGUCGUACCUCAUGCUGGGUGCGGGGGAUUUCGCAGAACUGCUCAUGGAAGCUUUAUCACCACGUCUAGGCAAACCUGCCAUUAGCCUGUAUCGUCAUCAUCUCACCUCCGACCUCGAAACAGCUAUCCGAUCCUCAAACGCGCAAUACGACCCUCCCGAUGUCCUACGUCGACUGGACGCACGUGUACUGGAGUACUCUCAUGGUGAAAUAGGAUGGGAUUGCUUUACCCUGGAAUACAAAGUUGAGGCUCCUCUGAACGCUGUACUGGAUAACAAAGCCAUGGUGGAGUAUGAGCGUGUAUUUCAUCAUUUAUGGAGAUUGAAGAGGGUCGAAGCUGCUUUGACGCAAGGCUGGAUGAGGGUGACGUCUGGUAGCAGAAUGUUUGAGCGAAUACCUGGCCUCACUAACGACUGGCAUCAUUGUCGUGUCGUGCAAGCUGAGAUGGUUCACUUUCUCCGGCAACUCCAAGCUUUCUGUCAGCUCGAAGUCAUAGAAUGUUCUUGGCAAAGUUUAGCCGACUUUACAUCGAAGAGAGAGGGUGAUCUUGAUGCUCUUAUCUCUGCCCAUCGAACGUAUUUGGAUCGAGUAGCUCGCAAAGUGUUGUUGUUAAGUCACAAGCGGGACAAACAAGAAAUCCUUCUCGAUCUCGUCCGAGAGGCUUUGACCGCUAUUCUGAGUUUCCGAGAUGCUACGGACGAACUCUAUUCCUGGUGUCUGGCAGAAGCAACUCGUCUCGACCGUCUUCGUGAUGACUCGAGAGGUCUCGCCCCAGCUUUGAUACCCGACGAUUCCGGUCGAGCGCAAGAUCAACUCCGUUCCAUCCGAGAACGAGUCAAGAAAAGUAGUAUCGACUUUCAAGAUCGUGUGAUAUCACUUUGUCAUCUCGCCGCUGGACAUUCGGAUCUAGACGUGAGGUUUUUGGCUAUCAGAAUGGCGUUCAAUGGGCAUUACGCAUUACGAAGGAGUAAGAGCAAGACUCUUCGAGCUACAUAAUACAUCUCAUCGUUUGAUUGGAGGACUGGCAGGGGAUCUGAAUGUAUUUGGGAUAUUUAGGAUGUA